AGUCGGCUCGUCGGCGCUGUCAUGGCGGGGCUGGUGAAGAAGACUACUGGCCUUGUGGGACUGGCUGUAUGUGAGAGUCCACACGAGAGACUAAAAACAUUAUACAUAAAGAUCCUUGAUGUUCUUCAGCAAAUGCCUAAAAAUGCAGGAUACCGAAAGUAUACAGAAGAAAUUACAAAUGAGAGGCUGAGUAAGGUUAACAUAGCUGAAAGUGAACUAAGUCUGGCGAGAAAAAUGGUACAGUGGAAACCAUGGGAGCCUUUAGUGGAAGAACCUCCUGCCAAUCAGUGGAAAUGGCCAAUAUAAUCGUCAUUAAAUGACUUUGGUGUGUUGGUAGGAAAAUGAUAUUAAAUGUUCUGUUAUAUUAUUAAAA